AUUUUUGAUUAACAUUAGCCUUUGACCAGUCUAGUGAACAUUAUGAAUAAAUACAUUUCCUCCAUUUGCCAGAAAUCUUGAUUGAGUCUUUUGAUCAUUUGAAUUGGCUGACGUAUCGAAUGAAGCGACCAGAAGUGUACGGUAUGGAACAAGAUGCUCGGAUAGAAUAAAUGAAUCAAGUUUGUCUCACAUCUGCAUGCUCCCUCUCGUCCUCCUCCUACCCGGGUGGCAUUCGCGUACCCGCGUGACCGGACGAGGCAAGCAAACAGUGUUUUGAAAGUUCGUGCGCAAAGAGGAGCAGAUUGAAUGAGCAAGGAGGGGGAGCGGGAUCAUCGACAUAAUCACGCUCCUCCGCGCUCGUCCAUACUUUGCAGCCUUGGCGACGUUUGGGAGAUGAACACACACGCAAAUCGUGUGCAGGUCUUGCGGUUCCAACGGGUCCUGUAAAGUCGAGGGACAAGCAUGAAAUCCCGAAGUCAGGAUCACAGCUUGUCGGAGUCCACGGAAUUGGAUCGAUCUUACGACCCGCUCACAGGUAACCCACCAAAUCAAGCCACCAAAAGGACCAUCAAGCAGCGCUUCCUCAAACUGCUGCCCUGCUAUCAUUCUGGCUCCGGCCCGUCCAUCAAUCAAAAUAGCGUAUGUGAUGAGGCUGAGUUCUCGGCGGUGUGUCACCGACCCAAAGGCCUCGAACGUCUCAUGGGGCAGACUAACUUCAGUAAAAAAGAGCUGCAGAUCCUCUACAGAGGAUUCAAAAACGAGUGUCCCAGUGGUGCAGUGAAUGAGGAGACAUUUAAAAACAUCUACUCUCAAUUCUUCCCUCAGGGAGAUACAAGUAUGUAUGCACAUUUCCUGUUUGAGGCUUUUGACACUCACAAAAGCGGAUCUGUCAGCUUUGAGGACUUUGUCUUAAGUCUAUCCAUCAUCCUCAGAGGCUCCGUCACAGAUAAACUCAACUGGGCCUUCAACCUGUAUGACCUCAACAAGGACGGUUGCAUCACUCGAGAGGAGAUGACAGACAUCAUGCAUUCCAUUUAUGACAUGAUGGGCAAGUAUACGUACCCCUGCAUGAGGGACAGCGCUCCCCAGGACCACGUGGAACGCUUCUUCCAGAAAAUGGACAGGAACAAAGAUGGCGUCGUCACCAUCGAUGAGUUCUUGGAAACGUGCCAGAAGGAUGAGAACAUCAUGCAGUCCAUGCACAUGUUCGACAACGUCAUCUAAAGGUGGCAUCGAACGUUCCUCCAAUUGGAGCUCCACCUCAACGCUGCAGUGUGUGCGUGCAUGUGUGUGCGUGUUGGACUUCAACCUGUCACCUCACAGAGUGAUAAAAUCACUCUGUUCUGAUUGAAAAUACAUUUAAGGUUUGUUGGAGCUGUUCAAGACUGAAUCAGGAUGGUGGGCCUGUUGUUUUAUGAAUUUACAAAACCAAGUUGGGACGUUGGGUUCAACAUAAAUAGAAACAAAGUACAAUGAUUUGCAAAUCAUGUCUAAGCUGUAUUUAAGUGAAUACACUGCAAAGACUAGAUAUUUAAUGUUCAAACUGAAAAAAAAAUGGUUUUCACUAAGAAGCCACAGUGUUGUCACAUUUGCAAAACGUGGUUUGGCAUUGUCUUGUUGGAAUAAGCAGGGGGGUCCAUGAAAAAGACAUUGCUUGGAUGAGCCAAUACCUGUAAGUCCCUUUAGGUGUUAAUGGCGCCUCCACAGAUGUGGAAAUCACAGAUGCCAUUGGCAUGAACACAGCCCCAUACCAUCACAGAUGCUGGCUUUUCAAUUUCACAUCCAUAACAGUCCCGAUGGUUCUUUUUCUCUUUGUCCCGGAGGACACGGCGUCCACAGUUUCCAAAAACAAGAUGAAAUAUGGACUCGUCAGACCACACAACACUUUUCCACUUUGCAUCAGUUCAUCUUCGAGGAGCUCGGGCCCAGAGCAGCCAGUUGUGUUUCUGAAACUGUUUUUUUUAUUUUCUCAUGCAGUUGUUUUGACAACGAGGUGAACCUCGUCCCAUCUUUGCUUGUGAAUCACUGAGCAAUUCAGGGAAGCUCCUUGUAUAGCCAAUCUUGGCACUCACCUGUUCCAAGUUAGCCCAUUCACCUGUGGGAUGUUCCAAACAGGUGGUUGAUGAGCAUUCCCCAACUUUCUCAGUCUUUUUUGCCACGUGUCCCAGCAUUUUUUGGGAGCAUGUUACAGGCCUAAAAUUCAAAGUUAAUGAUUAUUAGUUCAAAACAAUGACGUUUUUCAGUUAGAUUAAAUAACAGACGCUGCAAUGUAUUCAAUGAAAUAUACAUUGAAUAUGAUUUGCGUAUCAUUGUAUUUUGUUUUUAUGUGUAACACAACGUCCCAACUGGAUUGGAACUGGGUUUGUCCUGAUAGGUUACCAAUCGAAAGGGUCCGAAAAUUUUCUUACAAUAAUAUCAGACUCAGACUCAAAUUUAACCCUGAUAAAUUCUAUUGUUAGGUUUAGUCGACCUACAACAUUUAAUAAACAACAAACACGGAAGGAAGACAAGAGAACGGACAGGUUGUACCCGGUUCCAAGCUCCGACCCGUUCUGAGAUACAACCUGCAGAGUCCUCAAUUUAUUGAAAAAAAAAGAGGUGCCUAAUACAUGACCUUCUAAAGGGAAGGGAGUGGGAAGCACACACAUACGUCCGAACCCUUGAUGAAAUCCACAGAAAGAUGAUGUCUGGCCAAAAACAAUGCACUCCUGUGCUCGUAGAAGUUCAUGAGCUCAUUUGUGCAAGCUCGUCAUGAGCGCGCCGUCUCAAGGUAGCCAUUUCCACUCUUCAGAGCUUAUCUGAUUUCAGUCUGAGAGUGUUGGUGAAGUCUCCAAUCCAAAGAAUAUAAUAUAGGUGCACUCUUGUAUGCUCGGAAGGGUUCGAGUUCUUUUACACAGCCGUGCAGCCUAACAAGCUCCACUCCUUGAUGGCUUAUCUCGUCCAAGCUUGGGAACCAGCUGGCCCCCCUUCAACGUUGUCCUUCGCCGUCUCUCUCUCAGUGAAGCCUCGCAAGGCCAUACCGCUGAAUAAAUGCUUUGUAGUAAUAUAAGAGUAAAUAUGGGAUAACUUAAUGUACAUCAAUCCUAUCAGCUAUCACAGAACGAAAUGUUAAACUAUGCACAGCACGAAAUAAAAACAGAAUAGAUUCUAAAAAUACAGAUGAAAAAACAAUCCAUAUGUAUAAUCAAUAAAGGCAAUGAAUUCAAGCCGAACAAAGGAUCACUUAUCGGAGAGCCUUUGCACAUUGUUUAUUGCACGUGUUCCCACUCUUUUUAUAUUUAGCAGUCUUAUGGCGGUCGGAUAAAAACUGUUCAAAAACCUGGCAGCUUUGCACCUCAGGCUGCGGUUGCUCCUGAAGGCAGGAGGGAAAACAGUUUAUGACAGGGGUGUGAGGUGUCUCCACCAAUAUCACAAGCCUUGGACAGGCAACGCUGCUGUGCCAAUUCAUCCGUGGUUGGCAGUGUAUCUCCAAAGAUCUUUUGCGUUGUCUUCACAAGUCACAAAAGUCUCCCCUCGUCUCCUAUGUUUGUCAUCCUCAUUCUAAAUGAGCCCCACCACUGUUGUCAUUUGCAUAUUUAAUGACAUCAUGACUGCUGAAUUUUGUUGUGGGUCAUGAGGGUGUAAGAGGAGGGGACUCACCCACACAUCAGGGUCCUGUGGGAUUAUGGUACUGAAUGCAGAGCUAAAAUCAAGCAGCAGCACGCGUUCCUGUUCUCCAGGUGAUCCAUAGACCGAUGGAAAGCAGUGCUCAAUAGAACAAUACGGUCGGUAUAUGGAUUCUGCUGCUUCGUUCAUAGACCAAAAACGCAGUGGGGGGGUCCCUAAAAAACUUAUCGUAAGGAAAAAUGUGUCCUAGGUGAACUGGCCCUUAAUCAUUUGUAGGCAAAUACAUUUGGACAUAACUCUCAAGAUCAUUUCACUUAAGAACACAGAUGUGUACCCUGGCAUGUUUGAUACACAUGGGACACAUUGUAAGAUAAGUGAUGGCUGUGAGAUCAUGCAAUAACGUGGCCAUGAUGUUUCUUCAGAUCGUAUCGUGUCUGCAUGACGUGCACGGUCACACAAGCCAUGUGUUGGAGUAUUUUCCAUUGGAACAUGAUGAUGAUGAUGAUGAUGGAUGACAAUGAAACCUCACAGUUAUGAUGUAA